CUUCCACAUCAGUCAUUCUCCGGCAGUGGCAACAACAGCAACAGUGUAUCUCAGCCGAAAAAGAGGCCACCUUAUCGGAAAUGCCACUGGAAACGUGGAGAUUGUGGCUACCGUGGCUUCUGUUCUUCCGUCAACUGGCUGCCGAAUCGCCCCAGUGCUUCCACUUUACGUGGGUGGGGGCCUACGAGAAUCACUCGAAUAUCCACACAGAGACCUGCGAGGCGAGGGUCGGGGACUUCAACGAUAUACCCUGCGUAAUGCCGCUGGUCGUGACAGCCAACGAUACGGUGCCGGACGUGAAGGCCCUGUGGCACAAUAUGACCACCGAGGAUCGCGAGAACUUCCUUUGCCAAAUGUCGCCGGGCUUCUCGUGUGUCAAGUACUCCUACAUAUUCAAAGGCGGAAUCCAGAACAUCACGUACAUGUGCGCCAGGGUGAACAGCAGCAAUGGCUGCUAUCGACAGACCCAUCCCACUGGCAUGCAGGUCGAGGCCUGUGUGUGCACCUCCCGAGUCGGUCUGAUACCCUGUAAUGGCUGCUCUUCCACCACUCAAACGAUGCAUGUAAUGGGCCUGGCCCUCUGUUUGCUCAACGUUUAUCAAUUGCUGAAUAAAUAUCGAAUAGUUUGACACGGGGAGAGACCUCCCCUC